GAUUGAGCAAUUGCGUCUUGAUUAAACAGUCAAAAUACAGUCGAAGAGAAACUAAAAGUCCUCGCUCAGCGCAAACUUCACAAUGGCGCCAGCAACACAAUUCGAGCUCGCGCAACCGCCUAACGACGCCAUUUCGUCGCUCGUCUUCGCGCCGCAACGGUCAACACGGCUAUUAGUCUCGUCCUGGGACAAAAAUGUCUACCUGUACGACACGCACACCGAUGGAGCCGACGGCCACGGCACACUGGUCAAAUCGUACGAGUACCGCGCACCAGUCAUGGACGUGUGCUUCGGCGCCGACGACAACGAGGCCUUCACGGCGGGCAUGGACUGGCAGGUGUUGAGGGUUGAUCUCGACAGCGGCGCACAGAUGGUCAUCAGCAAGCACAAGGCGCCCGUACGGAGGGUGGUCUACAGUCGAGAACAUUCGCUCCUCAUUUCCGCCUCCUGGGACAGCACCCUUCACGUCUGCAACCCCUCGCAGCCCUCCCUCAACCCCCUCAUCAUCACCCUCCCCGGCAAACCUCACGCUAUGGCCGCCUCGCCCUCCAAAGUAAUAAUAGCCAUGACCUCGCGCCUAGUGCACAUCUACGACCUCUCGACCCUCGCCUCGUCACUAUCCACCCAAUCCUCCGAACCGCCGCAGCCCUGGCAGCAACGCGAGAGCUCCCUCAAAUUCCUCACCCGCGCCGUGGCCGCCAUGCCCUCCGACGCGGGUUACGCCACGUCAUCUAUCGAGGGCCGCGUGGCGGUGGAGUGGUUCGACGCCUCGGCCGAAUCGCAGGCCCGCAAAUACGCCUUCAAGUGCCACCGCCAGACCUCGGCCGACGGCACGGAUGUCGUCUACCCUGUCAACGCGCUGGCAUUCCACCCUACCUUCGGCACCUUCGCCAGCGGCGGCGGCGACACCACUGUUGCCUUGUGGGACGCCGAGGCCAAGCGCAGGAUGAAGGUAUACCAGAAGUUUGCCGACAGCGUUGCGGCGCUCGCGUUCUCGUCUGAUGGGCGGUAUUUGGCCGUGGGUGUGUGUCCUGGGUUCGAGACAGGUAUGGAGGAUUACAGUGGUGAGGGGAGGACCAAGAUCAUCAUUAGGGAAUUAGGCGAGACGGAGGCGAAGGGAAAGGGUCCGAAAUAAUUGGAUGAUUCUGGUACGAGCGAAUGAAGCAAGAUUAAUCUCUGUAUAUCUUGGCGAAUUGGCGUUGCUGGGUAAAAGUAUACCGGGCCUGAUUGAAUGACAUGCGGACAGUCAUUUUACGGACCCUUUGUGCAAUUCGUUAAGCGUACGCACUUCACCAGGUGAACAGAUCCGUAUAUUGCCACUGCAGAGUACAGUUAUGCCUCUAAGGAUCUUGUGUGAUAAAUGUAUUUUGUCUGUAAUCAAGCAAAUAUAGUGCUAACUUUCCCCGUU